AUGUCAUCUUUCGCGAAGUCUCAGAAGACAGCGCAGAGAAUUCAUAAAGAAAGGCAUCAACUCGCAGACCGGCGGCAUCUUGGAGCGCUCGAGAAGAAAAAGGACUAUCGGGUUCGAGCAAGAGACACAAAUGAGAAGAAAGCCCAAAUCAAACGUCUCCGACAGAAAGUUUUGGAAAAGAAUUCGGAUGAGUUUUACUUCCACAUGAAAAAUGCUGCGCUUGUUGACGGUGUCCACCAAGAUAAGGUCAAAGGUGAAGAAUUUUCGGACGAGCAACUCAAACUGAUGCAAACACAGGACUUGCGAUACGUACAGAUGAAACGUUUGAUAGAGACUCAAAAAAUCGAGAAACUCAAAGCCAACUUGCAUUGCAUAGGGCUAACAGAAGAGACUCCUAAUACACACACCUUCUUUGAUGAGGAGGGUAAGCCCAUGAAAGACGUAGAUCUCGGCGAGAAAUUCCAAACGACGCCGGAGCUCGCAGAACGUAAAUACAAUCGACUCUCUUUGGACGACUUCGGCGUAGACGAAGUUGUGCUGAAGGAGGAGGUGUUGAAAGACGCUGCCAAAGAAGCGAAACGAAAGUAUCGAGAACUCGAAAGCAGAGUCAAACGUGAACAAGCGCUCCGGGUGCUUGAGGAGAAAGUUCAAAUGAAAAAGCUUCUCCUCGACAAGAAGCAUCCCCCGAAGGCGCGCGUCGUCGAGGGCAGCAAGUCGCAGGCACCGGUUUACGUGUGGGCGAAAGAAAGGAAGCGAUAG